AUGACUCGAGCCAUUAUUAAACGUUUAGAGAAAGUACCAGAAAUGUUAGCCGUGGUUUCUCGUCUAAUUGAAGAGCAACUCAAACGCAAAGGAUGGAAUGGAGUCAGUUUUAACGACUGUGUCGAAGCUGUUACACCAUUGCACAACGACCAAACUCAAAUUUUAAUCAACUUCCUAACUCAUGCCAUCAGCAUCGUUGCCGACAUGGAAAAGGCAUUUCAUCAUAUUAAUCUGCACAAGGCCGAUCGAGAUUUCCUUCGUUGGUUUUGGUUAGAAGAUCCAAUCAACCCUGAGUCUCCAGUAGCAGUCUACAGAUUCAGAGUGGUGCCGUUUGGAGCUAAGUCAUCACCUGCUUUCAUCCUCAACGCGUUGAUGAUGCAUCAUCUUAAGAAGUCGACCUCCGAAAUAGCUGCUGAUAUGCUGUAA